AUAGUGAGAGAGAAGAGAGUGAAAAGGAGAGAUGGGUUGGAAAGGGAUACUGGGUUUUGAGUAUGGAAUAGUUCAGGCGCCGUUGGGACCGGAUAUAUCCGGGCCGGAGCUGGUCGCCGCCGUAGCCAACGCCGGCGGGCUUGGUCUACUCAGAGCUCCUGAUUGGGUCACCCCUUCUUUUUCCUUUUCCGUUUAUUUCAUUCCUUAAUUUCUUGUUCUUUUCGUUUAACGUCAUGUAUUUGGGUUCCUCUGUGAAGUCGAGUAAAUCAACAUGUGUUAUGUCGUGGAAGCUCCAGAUUACUUGAGAGAUCUUAUCAGGAGGACCAAGAAGUUGACUGGAAAGCCAUUCGGGAUUGGUGUGGUCCUAGCAUUUCCUCAUGAGGAAAAUAUUAAGGCCAUACUGGAUGAAAAGGUUGCAGUUAUGCAGCUUUACUGGGGUGAAUGUACAAAGGAGCUAGUCCUUGAAGCUCGUCAGGCCGGCGUAAAGGUUGGGAGCGUUAAAGAGGCAAAAAAAGCUAUUGAAGUGGGCGUAGAUGCAAUAAUUGUCCAAGGGCGGGAAGCAGGAGGGCAUAUCAUUGGUCAGGAGGCGUUGAUUUCAUUGGUUCCAAGAGUAGUUGAUCUUGUUGGUGACAAAGAUAUUCCGGUAAUUGCUGCUGGUGGCAUUGUGGAUGCGCGUGGUUAUGUUGCUGCUCUGGCUCUCGGUGCACAGGGUGUCUCCCUAGGAACUAGAUUCCUUGCCACUAACGAAAGCUACGCACACAAAACAUACAAGAGGAAGCUGGUCGAGAUUGAGAGAACCGAGUAUACAGACAUAUUCGGGCGUGCAAGGUGGCCCGGGGCACCGCAUCGAGUCCUAGUAACACCUUUCUUCAGGGACAGUAAAACUCUGCCGGGCCAUGAAAAUGAGACCAAUCAACCGGUCAUUGGCCGCACAACCAUACACGCCGUGGAGAAAGUGAUUCGUCGAUUUGCGGGCACUGUUCCGAAUGCAUCAACAACUGGGGAUCUUGAGAGCAUGGUGAUGUUUGCUGGGGAAGGUGUAGGGCUGAUCAAGGAAGUUGUGGCAGCAGGAGAAGUGGUGAAGAGGCUGGUUGAGGAGGCUCAGCUGCUCAUCCAGCAAAGAUUUAGCUCUGAAAUGUAGUCACUCUCUGUUUGCAGAUCAAUGGAUGAUCUUCUUCUCAAGGAAAUCAAUAAUUCAAUGAAUAAAAUCAGUUGGAAGGGUGCUUCAUCCUUCAGUUGUCUGAACCAAACCAAAGCCUAUAGAUUUCAAUUUGGAAAUGCACGGGGAUGUAUAUAUUCACCCCUCAACUUUUACUUUUUAUUUUUUAUUUUUUUUAUUGUGAUACUUUCAGCUUUGUUUGGCUCUAAUUAUACCCUUGCAUCAGCUAAUAUGGCAUAAAUUCACC